AUGGCUGCCCUCCGCAGAUCCCUCUACCUACGCGGCGUCGUCGGCAGCGGCGGCCGCGGCAUGUUCUUCGGCCGCAGCGGCAUGUUCGUCGGUGGCAGCGGCGGCCGUACGAAUCCCCAAGUGGUGCGACAUUUGAGCAAUGGUACUCAAAAUGGGGUCAAUCUUAACAGCAACAUUCAAGAUGCUUCCAGAAAGUUUUCUGUUGCUGCAUUAAAAAAACAUUUCGAGGGAGCAGCAAGCAUCCUAACAUCUGGUGAAACAAUUCGCCUCCUGGUCUUCGCGUCUGGUACUGGUUAUUCAUUCAAGGUGAUUGGAUCUGCCAAGUCGCAGAUGGAUGAAUACUUGAAGACCAAGAUGCAAGAGCAAGCUGAAUCUAAUGCAAAUGCUCGUGCUCAACUCAGAAUGCGUAUCCAUGAUUUGGAUAAGAAGCUGGCUGACUUGAAGGCAAAGACUAACAGGUCUGUCGAAGAAUUUGAUCUGAAGACUCAAGCAAAAUUUCAUGAUGUUGACCGCAGCAUAGACCAGUCACAUCAGACGUUACACUCGAAUCACAUUGAGGUGAAGAUCAGAUUGUCUGAAUUGGAGCACAGUUUCAACUUCCUAAAACAUCGACUGAGCCUGUUAUCCAAACCCUGCGUUUCGUGUGGCUCUAAGAACAUGGCACAGGGAGGUUCUAGCUCUACUCCGCCCCCAGCCAGCUCCUUUCAGCCUCCAGCAACCCCAGUCAAGCCCUCGUUGAGCCCACUGCGUCCUCAGUCCCGACCGAGAUCAUUCAGGGUGGAUCCAAGUCUAUUCCCAAAUUUCCCACCGAGCCCAGCCCCUGCCAAGCCACGACGCUCCAACUAGGCUGGGCUGGGGUAAUUGCUAGCACAUAAUUGGCUCAUUUAUCAUUUUUGACUGCUGGGUGUGAUUGCUGGCUGUUUAUCUGAAGUGUUGAAUUAGGACUGAAGUUUCUGCAUCUGGAAUAUUUUUAUAAAAUUAUGAAGUCCUUGACCUGAAGUUUGCGUUUUAUUGGCCUAAGACCUUUGUAUGAAAUGGUUGAAAUGGUCGUGUUGUUUUAAGCUGAUUUAACCGCCUGACAGUUGAAGUUACUGGUUGUGCAAUAUUUGAACCUGCUGCUGUCAAAUACUGCUAGCCAUUUCUUAGGGUUGAAGUUUCUAGAUUAGUUAGUUUCUAGAUCUGCAAUAUUGUUAUAAUCUGAAGUUUCCAUGUUAUUGGUUAUAAACCCUUUGUAUGAAAUGGUGGAAAUGGCCUUGAGAUUUUUAGCUGAUUUGAUCGCUUGGCUUUUCAAAUUACAUGUGUUUGGUUAAAUGUUUGAA